AUGCUUGUCUGUCGCCGUGGUUAUUCUCUUGUGACUUUUCCGCGGCCUGGAAGUCUCAGUGCUGCGGUGGCGUCCAUCCAGCUGUCCAGGGCCCCGUGCAGCUCUGCAGCUUCCCCCUCUUCUCCCUCCUUGACUUUCCUCCGUUCCGCGACACCUGGCAAGGUUCGCGUGCGUAUCCGCACCCGCGACGGAGCCGUGCACGAGCGUAUGUACAAGGACGGCAACAACUUGAUGGAGUCAAUCCGCGAUGACUCUACGUUGUCGGUGGAUGUCCCGGGAGCCUGCAACGGCACCUGUCAGUGUUCCACCUGUCAUGUUCUUCUUCACUCUGCGGAGUGGGCGCGCAAAGUGGAGAGUCUGUUUCCCAUCACUGACGCGGAGCAGGAUUGCCUUGACAAGGCGCCUGAUGUCUCGGAUACCUCACGGCUCGGAUGCCAGCUCACCUUGUCAGACGAGCUCAAUGGACUGGAAAUCGACCUACCAAAGCGCACGCUGGAUGUGCGAUGGCAGGCCACCUUUCGGCGCACCACCUCGAAGUGAACGCAUGCGCGAAUCGGGUUUGCGAAUGACCGACCUGUGCUUCACUGGAUCGUGCGCCUGUACAGAAUGCGAUGGAAGGGAAAGAAAUACGUCACAACAACUUUGCUUGGCUCUGUAUUAGUUAGGCUGGCCACACCCUUCGAGAAAGGCCGUCUCUGCUGGAGGAAGCACUUCCUAGCCGCUGUGAGUCGCUCACACUUAUGGGAGAAGCACACGCUCUCGUAGAGAGGGCAACUGCACAACGCCCUCUUGCCUCUAUGUAGCUAGUACAUUGCUUCUCCGUUCAUGUCAGCUUCCCACGCGCAGGCACUCAACCUGCGUUUUGAUUACGCUGUUCAGGUGAAAGGCGCUGUCCCACACUCAGGCCGCAUAGCAGAGAAGAGGCCUCCACCAACAGAAAACCAUGGAUUACCUCCGUCGUCCCCGGCAGCAGCUCGUCCCGACAACCAACAACCAACUGCACCGUUUAACCUCGGUCUUCUGUGUUGUGGACCUCACAUAUAUAGUCGUCCCCCCUCCUCUCUCUCUCUCGAAGGCACUCGAUCUACAAGAGUAUGCGGGACUUUCUGACUUGUCCACGGGGCGGUACAGAAAAUUGGCGCCGUUGUACGAGGAGGAGAUGGACCUGCUCCAUCAAGUCAUCGUCCAACGUCGCACAUGUCUUAACCUGAGCAGCCAAGCCCACAGCAUCACGUAACGUCACGGCGCUGCCGUCACGAUGCACAGAAGCAGCAUGAGCUUGACAAUAGGGUACAGGCAACGUACUGGUGGUGGUGGUGCGAGAGCGGGAGGGAAUUCCAUCAUGGUAGGCCACUCAAACUGGGGUACGGGGCUCCUUUGCCCUUUCAACUGUUGUUUUGUUUUCGUUUGCUUGUUUGGUGGUGGUGGUGGUGCUAG